GAUAUAGAUUCCCUACUAAUAGCCCCCCGAUCUACCAUGCAUCUAUCUAGGUAACCAUAUAUGACCAUAUAACUUACACAUAACGCUUAUAGCUGGGCAAACCAAUUAAUUCGUCAUUCCAUCCCAAGCCCGACUUAAUCCCAUCCAUUCGAACAUACUAACUACAUCGUAACAUCCAAGGCCGGUCAAUUGUCACCUAUCUACUACUAGGUAGGGUUAGAUAGCGAGGUUCCAGUUGCAACCUGCGAUGGCGUCAAAUGAUGCCAUUCACGCUAAGCACUUCAUCGUGCAUCCCUAGACCGACGAACCCCUGAGGCUCCCUUCCCUAUCGGAAAACCACCCAUUGGCUCACUUGGUAAAAUGCAGGUAGAAUAGUAUGUAGGGGACCCCAGAGAGGUUUAUCUAUCCCAGUCUCGCUUCCGCCCUCUUGGGAGGUGGGGUGGUGCUUUGUUUUCUUUUUUUCGGCUCGAUGCGAUGGAUGGCAUGUUUUUUUUUUUCCAUCCAUUACACCGUACAUGAUUAUCUUUAAUUGGGCCAGCGAUCCUCUCUCCAAACCCCGAAGUAACGUCCUCGGCAUUUGUGCACUGCUUACCGACGGCUCGCGAAACGAUUAAAACACAGCUGCCUAGAGUCUAGAGCUUCGUGAGAGAAAGUGUCAGGCGUCUAAAAGGAAGCUCGUCAUCUUGGUAAUUCUUGAGUGCGCCGAGGUGAAUUGGAUCAGAUUGUUUGUUGUUUGCGGAAUCCACAAUGGCACCCGUGAAGCGCGUUGCUGUUAUCGGCGCUGGCCCCGCUGGCGCCAUCACGAUAGAUGCUCUGGCGCAAGAGAAGGCAUUUGACGUCACACGGGUGUUUGAGCGCCGAGAAGGCCCAGGAGGAACUUGGAUCGGCGACAAAACUCCACCUCCGCACCUCUCCGAGUUCACCUCCCUCGCAGCGCGGUCGGCUGACCAGCCGGUACCAAUCCCGCGCACCCUCCCUGCCUACGCUCCCAAGCCAUCACAGCCGCGGUAUACGGACUCGUCAGUAUACCCGUACCUCGAGACCAACGUCGACGCGCUGCCCAUGCAAUUUUCCCAAGAGCCCAUCCCGGUCGAGCGCAGCGAGGCGUCCAUCGCCGUCCACGGUCCGGAGACGCCGUUCCGGCACUGGCACGUACUGCGACGGUACGUCGAGGGCCUUGUCAACCGUCAAGGCUACCAGGACCUCGUGUCGUAUAACACUACGGUGGAGCUGGUGGAGAAGGUUGGCAAGGAGUGGAAGGUGGUGCUGCGGAGAGAGGGCGAGAAGACAGACUACUGGUGGGUGGAGUGGUUCGACGCUGUUGUGGUGGCGAGUGGGCAUUACUACGUACCGUAUAUACCGCAGAUAGAGGGAUUGGAAGAGUUCGAGAGGAGGAGGCCGGGAAGCGUGAUCCAUAGUAAGCAGUACAGGGGCAGAGAAACGUUUAAGGGCAAGCGCGUAGUAACCGUCGGAGCCUCAGUCUCAGCCGCCGACAUCGCCUUCGACCUCGCGCAAAACACUCAAACCCCCGUGGACGCCGUCAUGCUCGGGCACACCGCGAACGGCUACUUCGGCGUCGAGGCCUUCAACCACCCGCUCAUCACCCAGCGCCCAUCCAUAUCGCGAGUCGACGCCGCAACGGGAACCGUGCACUUCGUCGACGGCAGCUCGGUGGCCAGCGUCGACGGCAUCAUCUUCGGCACGGGGUACACGUGGACGCUGCCGUUCCUGCCCAGCGUCAAGGUCCGCAACAACCGCGUGCCGGGCUUGUACCAGCACGUCGCGUGGGUCGAGGACCCGAGUUUGCUAUUUGUGGGCGCGGUGGGCGCCGGGCUGACGUUCAAGAUCUUCGAGUGGCAGGCCGUGUUGGCCGCGCGGCUUCUCGCGGGCAGGGCGACGCUACCGCCGGUGGCGGAGCAGAGGAAGUGGGAGGAGGAAAGGAUUACGGAGCGAGGGGACGGGCCGAAGUUCACGCUUAUCUUCCCCGAGUUCGAGGAGUACUUCGAAACAGUGCGCAAGCUUGCGGGGGUGGGUGAGAAGGGUAAGGGCAGGCAGUUGCCACCGUUUGAUAAAAAGUGGUAUGAGACGUUCAUGAGCGGCCAUGAAAGGAGGAAGAAUAUGUGGAGGAGACUGAAUGCUGCGGCCCGGGAACAGCUGCAACUUCAGGCGAAGUUAUGAGUACUAGGUACCUACUUCUGGAAUUAAGAGCGAGACAAUAUUUUCUGAACAUUGCAGAUAGGGACC